UUGGUUGCAUAACCAACUGAACUACCCAGGCGCCCUGAAUAUUUCAUUUUUUUUUUUAAGUAAUCUCUACACCCAACCUAGGGCUCUAACUCACAACCCUGAAGCCAAGAGUCACAUCCUUCAUUGACUUAGCCAGCCGGCAGCCCAAAAUAUAAGAUUUUCUAAUUUUUGAAAACUUGAUGGUUAUAAACUGUUAUCUCUUGGUUAUCUGAAUUUCUGUUUAUUUGAUUACAAGUGAGGUUGAGCAUUGUUCAUCACCCAUGUUGACUUUCUUUUCUCAAAUUGGCUUUUCAUAAUUUUUGGCAUUUUUUUCUCCUUGUAAGUUUCUUGUCUUUUUAUUGCUGACACUAGGGAGUCCUUUACAUCUAGAUGUUAACUCUUGUUGGUUUUAGGCAUUACAAGUGUUUUCUCCCAGACUGCCAGCAUUAUUUAACAUGUGAACCCAGUCUCUGUUCAGUUUCUGCAGGGUAAUACUCUGAAAUGUACAGACAGGUCUAGCUGCCUCAGGUGAGGAUAAAUUUUGUAACAAAUGUUGCCUCCCCCUUCUGUAAACUUAAUAUAGCAUCUAUAGUUCAGGUACUUGGAAGUCCUGGCAGGAAAUAAUGAACAUGUUAUAAUGUGUAUAUAUAUUUCUCUUUAUAAGAUGAAAAUGUUUCUGCAGAUAGUGUGCAAAGCAAAAUUUAGUCACUAGAGGUAAUUAAUUAUUUACAUUUACAUCUUUGUGGCACUGUGCAACACAUAUCCCAAAAAGGACAGUUUGAGUUCCAAAAGAACGCCCAUUCUACAAAAAUUGGGAAAGUAAAUAAUAACCCCUUAGUCAUUCAUUUCCAUGGUCUGGGAUUUCGCUUUGGUUGUUGAUGUAUAGAAAGACUUUGAAGACUUUUCCAGUAUUGCAGACCAUUUUCCAUCCCCAAAGUCACUUUCUUCUUACCAGUUAGAAAGAGGAGACUAUGUAGCUGUCUCUCCAAAAAAGAAAUCACUUCAGGGCAAGAAGUAGUAAAAUUAAGUCCAUUUUCCCAUUUCUAUAUCAAAUGACCAGGAGAUGAUAGCAACAAAAAAUCUCUUAUUUUCUCAGUGUCUUCUACCGCGGUCUUUUAAAUCGAACCCUCGUCCACUGGUUCCCUAUGUCAGUUUCCCAAGAAUACCAUAGGCCAGUGGUUCCCAAAUUCUGUUCCACAUUAGAAUCAUUGGGGGGGCUUUAAAUAUCUCAGACUCAGGUCACAGCCAACACCAGUUAAAGCCAAAUGUCUCAAGGUGGCCUUUAAAAAUGCCCAGGUGAUUCCAGCGUUCAACAAUGGGUUUGGGAACCAUUGCCAUACUUCCCCAGGAACCCAGGGCGUGAUCAAGGCUAAUGUUAAUGUCAGGGAGUUGUUUCUGUCCUGCACACCACGUGGGAAUGAGGCUUGCUAGGACUCGAUGUUCAAGUGUUAAGCGUCAAGAGGGUGAGACUCUUGUUCCUCUUGCCCUCUUCUAUCUCCACAGUAAUCUAUCUGCAACAUUUCUUCUUGAAUGAAAUGGGCAUAAUAGCUACUUCCUAGGUUUGCAGGAAAGACUGACUGCAAAUCUGGGAAAUAGAUGAUAGUGUGUCUGACACACAGCAGGACUUUAAUAAAUGCUUUGGAAAAUCCACGUUUGUUUAAUGAGCACACAUUCAGGACCUGCCUUAUGUAACUCUCCCUCUGAAGAUAACUUCUCAUCCUUCCCAGUGACACCCAAGCACACUCUUCACAGGCUCCUCCCUUUCUGCUCUUUUCACUUUGGCCCUCCCCACACUCACCUGGCUCCCUAUCAGUUAUUGCCAAGGAACAGCUAGACACAAAGGACUUUCUCAGAUCUAUGGUCACAAGGACAUGUUACCUGUGAGAACUACAGCAAAAACACAAGGUGAGAGGCGUUAGCUUGGUAGGAGAGAUUGGAAGAACUGGGAAGAAGAGAUUAAUAGUGCUGAAAACAUGUGGAACUGGAUGGAAUUAGUGUUGAGACAAUUAGGAUAAAGGAAGUCAUUCAGCAGUAGGAAGAAAACAAUCAGCCAUGGGUACUUUUGAGCAUCCUUCUACAUGUCCAGCUCCGUGUUAAGCACUCUGAUGGAUUCAGGAGAAACGGAAGAUCUCAAGGAGCUUGCAGAAGCAAAACAAAUACGACACAAUGGGAAUGACCAGAGAACAGUUCAAUGCCAAAUACUGAGAGCUGAAAUAGAUCAAAAGGGCUUGCUCGGGGAACUGUUCCUCCAGCUGGAGCCUGAGAUUUUAAUUAGCAGAGAGAAGGAAGUGAAACAUCCCAAGGGUGGGGGAGCAAAGUCAGGGGAUGGGGCUGGAGGAAUCUGAUCACCUCCUGCUAUGUCCUGUCUCUUCUUACUCUGUAGGGCUUACAGCAGAUGUGAAGGGAAUCUCACCCGUGAUGAUACUAAUGGUGAUAAUUUACCUGAUGCUUUUGUUCUGGGAAAACGAGCAGAAUGGGGAAGGAGAGGAAUCCACCAUAGAGCAUCUGCAUGUGGACUACCCUCAGAGUGACUCUCUUGUAAGGUACUGCAACCACAUGGUCUUACAAAGAGUCAUCAGGGGACCUGACAAUACCUGCAAAAAGGAGCAUGUUUUCAUCCAUGAGAGGCCUCGAAAUAUCAACAGUGUUUGCACCUCUCCCAAGAAAAUGACUUGUCAGAACCAUUCUUCCACUUUGUGUUUCCAGAGUUUGACAAAGUUCAAAAUGACAGUGUGUCAGCUCAUUGGAGGCACCAGAUACCCUGCCUGCAGGUACCACAUUUCCUCCGUGGAGGGGUUUAUUGUUGUCACUUGUGAUGACCUGGGGCCAGUUACUUUCCAGAGAUAUGUUAAAUAAGUUGAGACCACUGCCUGGGUCUGAGGGGUACUGGUACUCUCCUCUCUUGCAGACUUCUGUAUGGGGUACUGGUAUAUUGGUUCCUCUCUCAGGGGUACCAGUAACUGGUUCGCCCUGAAGCACACCUCAACUGUGGACAUGGGGUAAUGCUUUGUGUGAAUUGGGUAGCCACUAGUAAUUCAUCUGUCCUGCUGGUACGGCUAAGCUGGAAUAAUUUCAUUCUGGUUUAAUAAUAAUAAUAAUAAUAAUAAUAAUAAUAAUAAAAACUCGACUGAAUUGAAUCAUAAACUCUUCAUGUGUUUUAAUUUCUUGUCCCUUUUCUCUGGGUCACGUGUUGAGAGCCAAGAAUGAAUCCGAGGCAGAGCUGGGAUUCAGGUAAAGUGAGCAAGGUGCUCACUUCAUGUACACAGUUUAAAGGCGCCCCAAAUCCCAGUAACCUGGAUAAAUAACAUUUAAAAAAAUCAAAAUUAAUGCAAAAAUUUUCUGAUGAAUAAAAUAUCUGAGUUUUAAAUCAAGACCCAAUCUGACAGGGUUGGACUUAAGGUGACAUGAAUUAGUGAGUUAGCCAGUACAGGGUCAGAUCCUAUUAUUUGACAUUUUGGUAUUUGUCAUCAGAGAUUACUUUGCAUUAAUUAAUAUUUUUUAAGUGUUGCAUUAAAAUAGUAUUUAUCUUGAUUACUGGGCUUUUGGUACCCCCUUAAAUUUUGUACCCGGAGUGAGUGCCUCCUUUUGUUUCACAGUGCUCCCAGACUUGAUCCUAGGUGUGGAGGCAUUUGGAGUCAUUGAUGAGGGUCUCCUCUGAAGAGGGCAUAUAUAAUUCAAGCUGCGUCUGUUUACAUUUAGCACCUGCCUGUGUGCCUUGAAAG